AUAUCUGUGCCUUUGUCCAACAGUCCGAACGACGAACGUGCAGCGGCAGCGAACGAACGCUAAGAACACCGCAAACACGCCGCGAAUACCUUGUUUACAUUCUAGCUACCUUUCUAAAUUGCAAAUAAUCUUUUUAUAUGUAACAAAUAUUAUUUUGGAUAACGAUAACUUUUUUACUACGCUUUUUUUCUCAUUCAUUUGUUUCUCAUGUAAAUUAUGUCGAAACUAGGAGCUUUACAUUUGACUAAACAUACAGGAGCGAAACAUACAGCUACUGUUAUCUUUUUCCAUGGGUCUGGUUCAUCGGGAAAUGAUAUGAAAGAAUGGGUCUCAAUAAUGUCUAAAAACUUCACUUUUCCCCACAUCAAAGUGAUGUAUCCCACAGCUCCCCUGCAGCCGUACACACCAGCAGGCGGUCACAUGAGCAAUGUGUGGUUUGACCGUGCUGAUAUAAAUCCAAAUGUACCAGAGAAAGUGGAAUCAUUAGCCAAAAUCGAAACUGAAGUAAAAAAACUAAUAAAACUAGAAAAUGAUGCAGGCAUACCCAGCAACAGGAUUAUAGUAGGAGGAUUCUCGAUGGGGGGCUCCUUGACAUUUCACACAGCUUACAGAUGGGAUCGCAAUUUGGCUGCUGCAUUUGUAUUCAGCUCAUUUCUUAAUGAAAAAUCUUUGGUGUUUGAUGAUUUGAAGAACUCACCUAGUGGGUCAUUGCCACCCUUUCUGCAAUUACACGGCGAUAGCGACGAAAUGGUUUAUUUGAAAUGGGGUCAGCAGACUUACAACCAAUUGAAGGAGCUUGGUGUCAAAGGAGAGUUUGUUAUCCUCGAAAGGCUAGGCCACUCUAUAAAUAAACGGGGAAUGGCAAGAAUCAAGGAUUUUAUUGAUAAAUAUUUACCUGAAAAUGAAUAGCAACAAGAUGGUUGAAUGAAUAGCAACUAGGUAGGUAGUUAUUAAAAUGUUUAUAGCAAGCUAUAUAUAUGUGCAAUCUGAUAAGAGAAAUGAAAUGCAGAAUAAAAUGUUUUAUUAUA